CAAAGUUCCACAGAACUGACGCCUCGAUAACAUGACAGCACACGCCGAGCCCCUCGCUCACCACGACGAGGUCGACGACUACUCAGACGACUGCGUGUCGACUGAUGGCUUUACACCUUCCCUCCCCACCUUGACCAACCGCGCUCCUGAGGCCGACACUGACGCUCAGAGCGUUAGCGAUGUCGACUCCAUCUCCAACGGCGAUACUGUCAGCGAUGCUAGCGACGCCGACUAUGACGAGAUCUGCUACGAUGAGAUCCCUGCUCUCGCUACCCGUGCUCGUGCUCGCUUGCAAGAGGCAGAGCCAUCUGAAGAAGACAUGGAGCAUGUCAUGAUGAGUGACAGAACCAUCAUCCCCGACACGCCUACCAUGGCUCAACGUAUGCCACAACUCUCUUCGGAGCGCACCAUCCGCCCUGCCAUGGCCCACGAGGAUGCUCGUCUCAUCGGAAUGUCUCUGGCAGAGAAGCCCUAUCAGCUGCCAGACCGUCCCUUGCGCUUGCUUUAUAUCGGAGGCGACAGCACAGUCACCAACAUGGACGUUGCCUGCUUGAUGUCCAAGAUCAUCGGUGCUAUGACAGGUCGACUGGCUGACAAGGAGGCUUUCAUGGAUGCAGCUUCUCAGGUUGAACCUCACGGUGCUACUUUGAGCUCCUCGAACGACUCAUCUAUCCCCGUCACGGUGAUGCGCGCUGCAGUAAUCGCUGCCGGUCCCGCCGUCGGCCCGCUGAUCUUUCUGCAUGACAACUCCGAAGUCGAACUCGAUGUUACCAAGCCCGACUUGGUCGUGUUCCAUCGCCAAGACUGCGACGAUGUCUAUGUCGAACUCGCUCAGAAGUUGGCUUUCCACAACAUUCCCAUGCUUGAAGUCGAGGACGAAUCCGAAGACCCUAGCAUGGGUGAUGUCGACUCGUCAUGUAUCAUCCCUCAGACUGCCCAAGGCGAACACUGUCUUCGUUUGUCUAUCGUCUCAAGUAGCGGUGGUGAAUCUCAGAAGACCUCGAACAAGGAGGUGGCUCUGUCGCACAGUGCCUUCUAUGCUCUGGACGACGAUGUUCUGAGCCGCCACCUGGCUUUCCUCGCCAACAGAUCCAACGAAGCUCUGGAUAAGGAGGCCAUCGUCCCCACAAAGAAGGGUAAGAAGUUCAAGCUCUCGUCACUCCUCGGUGAAUUCCCUUUCGCCCUGAGCACCAUGCAGAGCGUCUUCACGCUUCUCAUGAUCUUGUUCGCCGCUGGUGUGCCUACCUACUUCCUGCAACAGCAGCAGAACGCUGCUUCCGAUCUGGCAACUCGUGCACCUCUGCUCCAAGCCGCUUUGAACAAAUCUGGUCUUGGCAGCAUCAACGCUAGCGAGGUCCUUCGCUAUCCUACCGUGACAAGCAUCGUGGCUAACACCACCUCGACCGCCGUUGCCUUCCCUACAGCUGUCAACGUUCACGUCGCUAAGUCUGACCAACUCCUUGUCUCCCUUCCCAAGAGCUACUGGAAUUCUGCUCAGAUUGGACUUUUCAGAAACGGCAAGGCCUUGAGCAACGUCAACAACACUCGUGUCAUUGAUGGAGUCCUCUCGGUCUCGCUGCCUACCACUGACGCUCAUGGUCAAAUCCAGAUCAGCGUACUUUCCACCAACGCACCUCUUCGCAACGAGACGAUCAAGAUUGACCUUGGAAACCGUCUCCUCCAGCGUGUCACCUACGAGAAUGCCGCCAAAGGUGUUCAACAAGACGUGACUGAAGUCCACCACGCUGCCAAGCUUGCUCAAGCUAAGGUCAUCUCUGACGUCCACUCCGUCUUCAACACGUCGGUGUAUUGUGUUAAGUCUCUGGGUGGCAACAUUCGAAGUGGUGUGAAGUCAACCGGAAACAUCAUUGGUUCUGCAUCCAACCGCACUUCUCAUGGUUUGUCCUACAUGGGUGGUCUGACUUACAACAAAACCUCCGCCUUGGGCUCUUUCGUCAAGAGUACCGUCCCUCAGAAGCGUCACUUUGUCAGAGCUCGCAACAACGCCCUGAAGAUCAGAACAAGACUUCUUCGUGGACCUUCUACAUCUGAGAAGGCCUUUGGCAAGCCUCGUGGACCUUCUACAUCUGAGAAGAACCUUGGCAAGCCCAAGUCGGGAGGUUUGUCCCUGAAGGCAAUGUCCUUGACAGACAGAAUUGCAUCUCUCACAAAGCUCAGACAGCAACUCUCCUCAGAUCUUGAUGCUCUUCUUAAGAAGGCGUAUCUUCAUGAGCAGCGCAGCAAGACGACCACUACUUCUAGCAAGGUCAAGGUCACCGUCAAGACUGUCGUUCAACCGAAGUCGAAGGCUCCUUCGUCGAAUGCUGAUCCCGUCAAGGGCAGCAAGAGUCCCAAGCAGCCCAAGGUCGCUGACGAGAAGCUCAAUUCACCUCGCGUGUAAUAGCAGCAUGCUUGCACUGGUGUUUCAAGGGGUAGGUUUACACUCUGGCGUUUUAGAAGAUCUCGACUUACAACGCCUUCACGGGCGAACAGGGUCAGGAACUGGCGCAUGAUGGAAAGAGGUUUCGGUUGUUGCAAUGGUUCAGCUAUUUCUCGUUGCUUGGGUUCUGGUUCGAAUGUCCUU